UUCAGUAUGAGCAGAGAUCAGUUCGAGUCAGGCUGUAUGAGGUUAUUGCAGCUGUCAUUGACGUUAUCUACCUAUAAAUUGAUAUUAGUGUGUGCCGCUUAUAGUUGUAGUGCUGCGAAAAUUUUCUGUCUGUAAUUUGCUCUGUCUUUUCGUUAAAAAAAAUAUAUAUAUAUAUAUGUCAAUUAUGCAUGUGUUUGUUUCACGUGGCAUGCAGCAAAGCGCAUGUGCAGUGCGCAAGUUACAUUUGCACGCAUCGCGUCUUCGUCAAUCUACAGGUCCUUUGACACACUUCACAGACGAUGAACUUAUGACGAAGCAAAUGGUUGCUAAACUGGCUAGAGAAGAUAUCGCUCCGCUCGUGCGAAAGAUGGAAAAGGAUGGAAGGAUAGACGACAGGAUAUUUGGGAAGCUCUUUGAAAAUGGUCUGAUGGGUAUCGAAAUUCCGACGGAGUACGGUGGAGCGGGAAGCAACUUUAUGAAUACAGUACUGACUAUCGAAGAAAUUAGUAAAGUCGACGCGACAGUGUCCAUUCCCGUUUCUAUCCAAAACGGUUUGAUAAAUUCAAUAAUACGUAAAGUUGGAUCCGAAGAACAAAAGCGAAAGUACUUACCGAAAUUGGCACAGAAUUGUGUAGGUAGCUUCUGUCUGUCGGAAGUUAGCUCAGGAUCGGACGCUUUUUCUUUAAAAACCGAAGCGAAGAAGGAUGGUGACGAGUACGUGAUCAAUGGUACAAAAAUGUGGAUUUCCAAUUCCGAUGUGGCGCAAGUUUUUAUACUAUUCGCUAACGCGAAUCCUUCCGCCGGCUACCGUGGCAUUACCACCUUUCUCGUGGAUCGCGAUACACCUGGUCUCACCGUAGCUAAACCAGAGGAUAAAAUGGGUAUGAAGGCGUCCUACACCGCUAUGGUCCAUUUCGACAAUGUCCGAAUACCCGAAAACAAUUUAUUGGGAGAGUUUGGAUGUGGAUACAAGUACGCGGCUGGAUUUUUGAACGAGAGUAGAAUCGGUGUCGGGGCACAGAUGAUUGGCGUAGCGCAGGGCUGUCUGGACGCUACUAUACCAUAUACGUUGGAAAGAAGGCAAUUUGGAAAGGAAAUUUUCUCCUUCCAGGCACUGCAAUAUCAAAUAGCUCAAGCGGUAACGGAACUCGAAUGCGCUAAAUUACUCGUUUACAACGCGGCGAGACUAGUUGAAGCUGGAAAAGAUGUUAUGAAAGAAGCGGCUAUGGCCAAGUUCGCCGCGUCCGAGACUGCAUGCCGUAUCACUGCAAAGUGCAUAGACCUUAUGGGAGGUGUCGGUUUUACAACUGAUUAUCCUCAAGAAAAGUAUUUUAGAGACUCGAAAGUCGGUACCAUUUACGAGGGUACGAGUAAUAUGCAGUUAUUAGCAAUUGCAAGAUGUAUUCGCAAACAAUAUUCAUAGAUAUAAUAGCGACCGUGACUUUAUAAAAGAGCAAUUUAUUUAUACAUAUAUUAUAUUACUCACAUUAAUGUUUUCCUAGGCAGAUUAGAUAUAUAGUUUAUAUUAUAUGUAAUUUUAAAAAAAUCGACUUUUUGAAUCUAUUUACUCUCUUCUCAAUGAAAUACAUUAGAAACAAAGGACUUGUGUAGAUUUUUUUCUUUAUAUACAUAUGUGAUAAGCUAAUAUGAGCAAUUAAUAUUGACACACAUAUACACGUGUUUGGCAAUUCUUGCAAUCGAUAUCGAAUGAUUAAUGAUUUUUACGAAUGAUUUACUUACUUAAGUUAAACAUUUUUAUUUCCAUUUCGAAAGAUAUCUCUUUUAUUCCUUUUUAUAUAUUAUAUGUAUAAUAAUUUACACAAAUGUUUGCGAUGAUGGUGUACAUAUAAUUAAAGAUAUUUCUUAUAUAAAUGUAUAAAUCUGCUUUUAUUUAUAAUUACGAUAAGAUAUAAUUGAUAUCGUAUCUUGAUUAUUUAUAGAUAUUUUAUAGAGAAAUUUUAUUAAAAGUUACGCAAAUUAAUAUAUGUAUCUAAAAACGAGUGUUGUGUUUUUUGCAUUAGCGUAAUAAAUAUAAAUAUAAAAUAGAUCAAGAAGUAAAAGGAAAUUGCAAAACAAUACUCUAGCAUCAACAUUCUAGAAAAAUAUAGGCAAAAUUUUAAUAAAUUCUAAAUGUACAUGAAUAUACAUAAUAGGGGAAUAUAAAGACAGGAAACGGCCUUUUUUAAGUGUAAAAACUUUCUUUUUAAGAAUAUCAUUAAAUAAAUAAAUGCACACAAUAAUUCUGAAAAAUGUCCUCGUUAUCUUAUUUAUCUAGUAUUUCGCAAAUAUAAACAAUUAUAUAAAUAAUUAUUAUAUUUUUCUAUCGAUAUAACGUCAUACAUGCAAUAGUAACAUUUCUAGCUUAGCGAAUAUUAUGAUCAAAUAUCGUGUGAAAAUUAUUUAAUAAUAAUAAUUCUUUUAGAUUUUUUUUU